AUGCUGUCAAUUAGCCGGUUAACCGUUGCGGCCCUGCUGGGCGCGUCAACCGCGUUCGCGUCCGCAAUCAACGACUACUCUUGUGAGAGCUCGUCCAACCCCGUGGUUCUCCUGCACGGCCUCGGCGCCACAUACUACGAGGACCUGAACUUCUUGCAAUUCUGGUUGCAGAACGAUGGCUACUGUACCUACUCUCUUACCUAUGGCGCCUACGAAGGCUUCCCGUUUGUCGGCGGCCUGAAGCCAAUCAAAGAGUCGGCCCCCGAGAUCGCUGCAUUCAUCAAGGAAGUUGUGCAGAAGACUGGCAAGAGUAAGGUCAACCUAGUCGGCCACUCCGAGGGAGCCUUCCAGAGCCUCUACGUCCCCAAGUUCGAGGGCGUCCUGGACACGGUGGGAUGCGGUGCUUGCAACGACCUUGGCCCCGACGGCGCUGCGGUGGACCGAUUGAAUGAUGGUACUCCUAUUUUACAACCUGGCAACGAGAUCACGGUCAUUGCUUCAAAGUCCGAUGAGCUCGUUACGCCUCCCGAGACUGCUUUCAUCCACGAGGCUGGAGUCAAGAACACUUGGAUCCAGGACACUUGCCCGCUUGAUCCUGUGGGGCAUAUCGGAGAGGCGUAUGACUUGAACGUAUGGAACUUGGUCAAGAAUGCGCUGGACUCAACACCUGACCGCAAAUUCGUCUGUGUGCUGGGUUCGCCUGGGAAAUAA